AUGGGAGAUGCACCAGCCACGUCCAACUCGGCAAGCGAGUAUCCAACACCCGAUGCCGUGACAGGCCAAAGCCUUGGAUCGUCGUCCGCAGAUGCCCACUUGCUCUACUCGACAGGAAACAACUCUACAGAUAGCCAGCUGUCUUCCACACCGCAGUUUCAACAUCAGUAUCCGGGAGGCGGGGGACACAAUGCUUAUGCGUCGGCCUACGAAAUGCCUCAAUCUCAGGGACCUCAGGGACCCGGCCGGGGUGGCGCCUUCAACAUGAACGCGAUGGCCAAUGCUUUACCGCAGCCUGGUUACCGGCCUGCGCAGUACAUGCCCGGCGCCCAGAGGUACAACCCGGCUGGAUCAACACCGAAUAUGGUUGCUCAGAUGCACUCUGCACCGCCCUACCCCGGACAAGGCGCCAUGGGCACUGUCCCCAAUCAGCAGUACUAUAUGCCUCAGCAUGCCCACGUUGGACCGUACUAUGCGGGCCCGAUGUCGCCGACCCAGCAGCAGCAAGGCAACAUGUCUCCUCGAACCAACAUGGGGUACUACCCGGCACAGGUCAUCAUGAACAACCAACAAGCGGCGGCGCCGGGCUCGUACUACUAUACGCAGACGUCGCAAUACGCGCCUCAAAGCCAGAUGGUCCCGAACCAGUUUGUCUCGCCGGCCCCGCCGCCCGCCGAGAAUCGAUCCAUGUCUGCACCAGGUGGUAUACCACAGACCGGUCCGGCUUUCAUGUACGACCAAGGCCAACAACAGCAAAGCGUUCAGCAGAGCAGCCAGUCGAAUGUCGUUCGCGGGCCACCUCGAAAGCCAAAGCAAAGCGGUCAUGCUAUUUGGAUCGGCAAUCUUCCUCCCGCUACGGACCUUAUGAGCUUGGUGCACCAUGUCUGCGGCGAGGCUGAGGGACUCGAGUCUCUAUUCUUGAUAUCCAAGAGCAACUGCGCCUUUGCAAACUUCAAAGACGAACAAAGCUGCGUCGCGGCGCAACAGAAGCUGCACGAUUCGAAAUUCCAAUCGGUGCGUCUUGUCAGCCGCCUACGGAAGAGCACGGUAGAAGGAGCGUCAGGCGUGACUGCACCGACGGGACCCGCCGCCUCGGCGCCACAGCAGGCAGCGCAUCACGAUUCUGCCAGCGACACGUUUGCAGAAGAUGACACGGAAAAGUCGACGAAGACGUCGCCCCCGCCGCCGGCCGCCGACGGCCAGACGGCAGCGCGGCCCGAAGUCAGCCUACGCAAGGACAAAUUCUUCAUACUCAAGAGCUUGACGGUGGAAGACUUGGAUUUGAGUGUACGCACGGGAAUAUGGGCUACACAGUCACACAACGAGAGGGCAUUGAACAGUGCUUUCAAGGCGGCCGACAACGUAUACCUUGUCUUCUCGGCGAACAAAUCGGGCGAAUACUUUGGCUAUGCGCGGAUGACGUCACCUAUGGACGAGGACCCUGCGGCGGCGAUCGAGUUUGCACCACAGGCGCAAUUCGCCAACGAUGUGGAUCUGCCCAAGGCCAUCCCCACCGAAGCGACCGAGUUCGCACCGCGAGGCCGGAUUAUAGACGAUUCGUCGAGGGGUACUAUAUUCUGGGAGGCGGAGAGGCAAGAGUCGCCAGACGCUGCGGCGGCGGCGCCGCCCGACGUCGAGGAGACUGCGUCGACCGGCGAGGCCGACGAUUCCAGCAGCGUGAGGAGCGGGCAGGAAGGCGGCGAGUCGAAGGCCUGGGGCAAGCCCUUCAAGCUGGAGUGGAUGUCCACGACGAGGCUCCCCUUCUAUCGGACACGUGGCCUGCGCAACCCUUGGAACUCGAACAGAGAGGUGAAGAUUGCCAGGGACGGCACCGAGCUGGAGCCGUCGGUCGGCCGGCGCCUGAUCAGCCUCUUCAAUCGCGUCCAGAGCCCGGCGCCGAGUUCACUAGCCGGACCGGGUAUGAGGCACCCACAUAUGCAGAUGAUGCCCGGAUACCACGCAGGACGACCGCCCUACCAGCAAUGA